AUGAUGGUAUAUCCAGAGGAAUCGCUGUGGGCACUAUCACAGCUUCCCUCGUUAUAUGACGACUCGGAUUAUGGUGUGAAUGUCGUGGAAGCUUUGCAAGAAUUUUGGCAAAUGAAACAGGAAAGAGGAGCAGACCUGAAAAAUGGAGCGUUAGUCAUUUAUGAGUCGGUACCAUCGACAUCUCAGCCAUAUGUGUGUUUUGUGACGCUGCCCGGCGGAAGUUGCUUUGGAAGUUUUCAGAACUGCCCGACAAAAGCGGAAGCUCGUCGAAGUGCUGCCAAAAUUGCCCUCAUGAACUCCGUCUUCAACGAACACCCAUCCCGACGAAUUAGCGACGAUUUCAUCGAAAAAGCCGUCGCCGAAGCCCGAUCUUCCUUCAAACCCGAAUCCAUACAGCCCCAAGACGACGAAGACGGCGGACCUGACACAGGAAUCGGUGCUUUUAGAUUUAUGCUAGAAUCCAACAAAGGUCGCACAAUGCUCGAAUUCCAAGAACUCAUGACAGUUUUCCAGCUGCUCCAUUGGAACGGUUCGCUAAAAGCGAUGCGCGAACGUCAAUGCUCGCGCCAAGAAGUCGUGGCGCACUACUCGAACCGGUCACUGGACGACGACAUGCGAACGCAGAUGGCACUCGACUGGAUUGCGCGAGAUCACGAACAGCCCGGAAGCGUGGGUCGCGAACUGGCAUGCGCCGAACGAGAACUUGAGACUGCGCGACUCGCGGGACGCGAACUGAGAUUUCCCAAAGAGAAAAAAGACAUUUUGGUGUUGGCACACAUGCAGAUAUCGAAAGGCGGAGCGGCGAAUCCUUAG